ACAACACAAACAUGUUCUCAAAGAUCGCAGUCCUCGCUUUAUUAGUGGCGGUAGCCCAAAGCAGCCCCUCUCACGGAGGCUAUGAGUACUCGUACGGCGUGUCGGACCCCCACACCGGCGACGUGAAGAGCCAGCACGAGACUCGCGUGGGCGACAGCGUGCGCGGGCAAUACUCGCUGCUGGAGUCUGAUGGCUCGAAGCGCACUGUCGACUACGCCGCUGAUGCACAUACCGGGUUUAACGCUGUCGUGCGCAAGGAUCCUGGUCUACACCCGGCUCCGGUCGCCAUCGCCGCUCACGCCGCUCCCGUCGCAUACGCCGCUCCUCUCGCCCACGCCGCUCCCGUCGCAUACGCUGCUCCUCUCGCCCACGCCGCUCCCUUGGCGUACGCCGGCCACGCCGCUCCCGUAUCCUACUCUUCCCACAUUGCCCACGCCGCUCCAUUAGCUCACGCUGCCUAUGCCGCUCCCAUCGCUCAUGGCGCCCUCGCUUAUGGCGCCCACGGACUCGGACUGGGCUAUGGCGCUCAUGGUUUGGGUCUGGGUAACGGCCUGGGAUACGCCGGUCUCGGAUUGGGCCAAGGACUCGGCUAUGGCGCGCACUACGGAGGAUGGUAAACGUUUAAAAACCCACCGCCCUUGUUAAAACGGAUUCUGUGAUGCUGUAAAUAAUUAUUAUACCUAUUUAUAAACUGAACUCAU